AUGCCGUUCCGACAACGCAUGGCCCGUCACUUUGGCGACUCGCUCUCGCCAGAAAAGGCGUAUCUGAGCUACUAUGACGUAUUGCUCACUGUCGAGGAUGUCAAGUCGCUCAAAAACGACUGGCUAACGGACAAUAACAUCGCCUUUUGGGAGGAAUAUCUCGAACGUGAAACGCUACCCCGAUAUCCCCAGGCUCGAAUAGUGCUCCUCCGCCCCAGCAUGACCUUUUUGCUCAUGAAAGAGCCAGAUAUUCGUCACGUCCGGGCUGCGCUGCCUGACUUUUCCAAGGUUACUCAUGUUUUCCUUCCCAUCAACGACAAUCGCAAUGUCGGCGUUGCAGAGGGCGGUAGUCAUUGGUCUUUGUUAUUAGUUUCAAUCCUCGAUAGCAUUGCCUUUCACUACGAUUCUCUGGGAGGCGCCAACUACGCAGAAGCCAACCUCGCGACUCGCAGGAUGGGCGAGAUUUGCGGACGGUCAUUGCGCUUCGUCAAUCUCGACGAGUCCCCUCAGCAAGAAAACGGCAGCGACUGUGGCGUCUUCGUCUGCCUCCUGAUGCGCCACUUGCUGGUCAAGCGCCUGCUUAGUGCCAACGCUCGGGAAAAGGUGUCGAUGAGCAUGGCAGGCAAAAUGGUCGAUAGCAACGGCGGCCGCAAAGAAAUGCUGCGCAUCAUCGAAAGCCUUCGCAAAGAAGGGGAGCGAAGAAGACGGAGCGCGAGUCCAUUCACCACCAAAACACCGCCGCGGAUUGAGUAG